UGAGGCUCCUGGUAUAUAAGUCACUGGAUUCAUGCAGAAGCCUCAGUCUCAUUCCACUUAGUCACUAAACAUGUUUCUCAAGGUUGCAUUUAUGGCACUGUUUGUGGCAGGGACGAUGUCCCACCCACAGUCUUAUAGCACCUACAAGCCACCAACCCCCACAUACGGCGUUCCUGUUCCUCAGGCUCCUGCUCGGUACGACUUCAAUUGGACCGUCAAAGACGACCAGUCAGGUAACGACUAUGGUCAACAAGAGUCUCGUGACGGCGACAACACCCAUGGCUCUUAUCACGUUCUUCUUCCCGAUGGUCGUGUUGAAAAUGUAGUCUACACUGUUAACGGUGACUCUGGUUACGUGGCCGAAGUGACUUACCAGGGCCAGGCCCAGCACCCAACACACCAGACCUAUACUCCAGCUCCUGUCUAUGGUUAA